AUGAUUCAAGUAGGGACUCUUCUCGCUAUUUCAGAUAAUUCAGGCGCAAAAAAAGCAAAAUGCAUUAAAAUCCUGAAAAAAACAAAAAAAAACAUGGGUCAGGUCGGUGAUUUAAUUGUGGUUAGCCUUCAAGAAACGAACCCGAAGAAUAACACGAAGACACUUAAGAAAGGCCAACUUUUUAAAGCGGUUCUUCUAGAAACAAAACGGCCGAAACGUCGUCAAGACGGUACUUCUUACACUUUCCAACGAAAUUCAGCGGCCCUUCUUUCUGCCCAGGGAUCUCCUCUUGGCACACGAGUUCAAGGCACUGCUCCUUUUGAAGUUCGCGAAAAGAAUUUUAUGAAACUUUUGGUCUUGGCUUCUACAACUUUAUAA